UUCCGGAAGUCACGUGGCUCCCUGAUCGCGGGACAGUAAACUUUUCCCGGUAAAGAAACAAAACCACCCGAUCACACCGAACCAGGCGCCUUAUUGAUCCAACCAAUCAAUGCACAUCCUUCACAAUGAUGCUCCAUAUAGCACCUUCGUCCUUUGUACCUAACUUGUGAUUGUAUCUUCAUCGCCGGGUGUUUGAAUGCAUAAAAAUGAAACGAGGGCAUUCUUCAAUCUCCUAGAUUCAAGAUGCUCUACCGGCAAGUCGGCCCUCCUUACCAGCAAUGAGCUCCUCCAGGUCGAGAGGUUCAAGUGCUCUCACUGUGGCAUCAUCUUCACGGCCAAGCUAGAGCUGCUGGACCACCUGCGUGAAGAGCACGGCCUGAAUACAGAGAAGGCCAUCAGGAACGUCGUUAAUGCCGGACACCUGACCAGCAAUCGGGUCCCAGUCCAGAGGUACCAGUGCAGUCACUGUUUCAUCUUCUUCCCGUCCAAGCUAGAGCUGCUGGACCACCUGGGCAAAGAACACAGCCUGAACGUAGAGAACGCCCUCAGCACCGCCAGAAGGGCCUGCCCCGUGCCGAGCACUCAGAGCCCCCCAGUGCAGAGGUUCCAGUGCAGUCACUGUGUCCUCAUCUUUGAGUCCAAGCUCAUGCUGUUGGAGCACCUGGGCAAGGACCAUGAUCUGGACGUAGACAAGGCCAUCAGGAACGCCACCUUACCACCCCCAGGGGAGGCCACACCGAGCCCGAAGCCCUCAGAGGAGGUCGCCACAGAGAGGAGCAUAGCUGCGCUGCAGCCGGAGGUGAACAGGCUGAACAUGACACCGGACACGUUGAGUACAGUAAUGGGAAAUAAGCCGGUGGCCAAUGAAAAGAGCACCCCCAAUAUUGCAAAGCCUGCCUCAAAAAACAAGCGUGUCUCCAGCCUGGCCGGCCGUGUGAAAGGAAGCCAAGAAACAUCCAGAAAGAUAACGCAGUACUUCAGUGCAUCGUCUGGGCAAAACGUUAAGUCUUCCUUCUAUCAUGUGACGUCACCUGACCUGUUACAGAGGGCCGAUACUGUCACUCCUCCUGUUAAGAAUCCUAGGCAUGGAAUGAUAAAGAUUAGAUUGCCAACAUGUGCACCAAGAAAACCUCUCCUCCCAGACGGGUCUACAGUUACUCUUGAACUGAUCAAUGGGGAGGAAGAUCACAAAUUACCCAAAAAUGACUUUAAUGACCAACAACACAAUGGAAAUGCUGGUAUUUCUCGACCAAAACAAAUGGAAGAUAAUCCUUCAAUAAAUAGUCCUACACCCAGAAGCCUCCGGGCGGACCUUCAGUGUGACUCGUGCACGUUUUGUCACAAGUCUGUGGUGGCCAUGUUUGUGCAUUACCAAUCACAACAUCCCCAAAUAGUUAUUACUUUGGAUCAAAUCAGACGAACCAGAGCUUUGGUCUCCGAUACAAAACCUCUGUUACCUGAAACGAGUUCAGAAGAUCUCAUCCUGGACGCACCAAAUCAGGAUGAGUCACCAGCGGACCCUUCUGAGGAAAAUCCUUCUUCAGGUUCUUCAGAGAGAACAAAGGUCCAGUCUGAACCGCUACCUGAAGAAAACCCAUCUGCUGACGCUCCUCAGCGCCCCCCUGACGCUCCUCAGCGCCCCCCUGACGCUCCUCAGCGCCCCCCUGACGCUCCUCAGCGCCCCCCUGACGCUCCUCAGCGCCCCCCUGACGCUCCUCAGCGCCCCCCUGUGGACGCCACUGGGGCUCCCUGCAGCCUCCGGCCUCCGACUCCCAUACUGAGCGGUCAGAAGACUCCGCUUGGCGCGAGCACGAGCCCCCCGGUGCUGGGACCCCCCCGCUGCGCAGCAGAGGACAGCGCAGCGGGGGGGUCCCCCGCCAUCAGUCGUCCUCGGAUCUCUAGGAACGUCCCCCCUCGCCGGCCGACUCCGCCCCAACGCGAGGCCCCCGUCACGAAGGAGUCCUGCGCCGGAGCGGAAGCCCCCGGAGGCCACGGUGAAGCCAAAGAGGCAGAAGAACUGGUGAUCCGUAGAUCGCGUGGCAUGAACUUGUUCUUCUGCCCGAAGUGCAACUAUGGGAACCGUGGUUUAAGACUCGUUUUGGUUCACUUUAAAAACAAACACAAAGGGUUUCAAACGACAAAACUGACUAUUUCCAAUUACACAGAAGCCAUUCACAGACGAAUGAACAAAUCGAAAUCCCCAAACAAUCAGAUUACUGUUUUAUCCUCUGGUCUGCCUGUUCCCAUUCUGCAAGGCCAGGGCUUCUUCUUUUGUCCCCAGUGUAACUACGGUAACCAGCUCAUAUCAAGGGUCAUGGACCAUUUGAAAAAGUCUCAUCCUGAUGGUAAGAUAUCCAAGAGGCAAAUAUUUGGAUAUACUGCUGAGGUUUAUGAGCAACCCUGCGAAGAACAGUUGAAGUUUGAGGCUCUCAGCCGGCCGUCCGAGCCAGCGCUUGGGGAGAGAAAAAUCAUACCCUUUUUGUGCCACAGAUGUGACUACGGUGCCUCAAAUGCGUAUCUUUUAAAAAGGCAUUUAGGUAAAAAUCACAAAAUUCAUCAAAGUGCUGAAUAUAUUUUAAGAACGGCCUUUGCCAAAGGACGUAUAGAGGAAGGUUUCCACUGCCAGUGGUGCAAUUUUUCAGACAAGAAAGCCGAAAGAGUCUUCGACCAUUACAAAGAAAAGCACAGAUCCAAUGUUAGUAGCCUUAAACACAUCAUAAAUCACUUCCACAUGGCUCCCAAAGAUGCUCCCUCUAAAAAGGAAAAGGACCCCACGUCUCCAGCGAUGAGAUGGGCUCAAGGAUCGGGGACCAAGAAGGCCAAGAGCUUCUCAUGCAGGAAAUGUUCCUUCAGAAGUAUUUCAUUGACCGGCCUCACAAAACACAAAUCCAGGGCUCAUCCCAGCUCUGUGAAGGGAAAGGCUUCAGCGUCUGAGGACCUCAGUAGCGAGGCUGAGGACCAGAACAGCCAUGCAAUGGAAGCAGAUGGUCAGCUUGACUAUAAUCUGGCCCCUAAAACACUGGGACCAUCACCCGGUCUUUCCACCCAAAGUACCCCUUCUUCCAGGGUGUACAUGUGCCGUUGCUGUUCCUUACUUUUUAGUACAUGGCAGGGACUCAAGAUUCACUAUGGAAUGAAACACUUUGAGGAGUGGAAGAGUCAGCCGUCCCUGUUUGAGGAGGAGGCUGCGGCGGAGGGCCACAGGACGGAGGGGAACGUGGUCUACAAGUGCCCGUGGUGUGUGUAUGUGCACACGACCAGGCAUGGGGUCGUCUCUCACUGCCGUGCCAGACAUCAUACCAAAAAGGUUAGAGCUGAAGUGUUUGAAAAACGUUUAGCCCAUGUGCCCCACGGGUCCAACGGCGGCAACCCCCGCUCCAGGGUCCGUGUGGGGGGGUACAUGUGUCAAACCUGCAACGAGGUCUGCCGCUCCCUGAAGAAAUUCAACCUGCAUGACAUGAAAUGCCAUGGGGACUCCGGUUCAUGUGUCCUCAAACCAGCUGCUAAAUAUGCACUAACAAAGCAACUGCUGUCUAAAUACCAGGGCUCGAUGAAGAAGGGCUUCUCCAAGAAGAACCAAGCCGGGCUCCUGAAAUGCCCGUGGUGCAAACACGUCGAGAAGAGCAAAGAAGCCUUGGCUAAACAUGUCAACGCCUGCAGCAAGAGCAUGCGCGACGUAUUCAAGUGCACUGUUUGUUCAUAUAUCACAUUAUCAAACAAAUAUCUGAAGCAACAUUAUAGAACCGCGCAUGGGAUCGAAUCCAAAACACCUGCGAUGGAGUACACCGCCGUGAGCUACAACUGUAAGCUCUGCCCGUAUGUGUCUUCACGGCGUCGGUAUCUGCUCUGUCACUACACCAAGUCUCAUGGAAUGGACCCCCCUGAAGAGUUGAAAGUCAAAAAGUCUUUUGAGUGUCAGAAGUGCGGUCAGAUGUUGAGCUCCGCCAGCGGUCUCGGUGCCCACUACACGGGGGUUCACUUGGCACAUUUUCAAAUGGACUUUAAAGUGCUCUACCGCUCAGCCAAGCGGUGUGCGGUGGCGGGCUAUGCCUGCCACCGCUGCGGGCUGCAGGUCCGGAGCACCAGGGAGCUGCGGGUUCAUCUGGACCUCCACAGGGAGCAGCAGCGGCGGGGGGGUGCGUCCGGCCGGGCUGUCGCCCCGUCCAGUCAGGUGAGCCUGAAGUCGUGUGUCCUUCACUCAACAUUACCGCUUUGGUUGAUCUGUGUUCCACCCAAAGCCGAGCGGUUUAUUUGCAUCUUGAAUUCCAAUGUGGUGACCUUGUAUUUGAGACUAUCAGGAUGCUUGUUUCGACUCAAAUGUUCUCUUCUCGAGGUAUUAGUUGUUAUUCUGUGCAGCUUAUAG